AUGUCUAGACGUCUAAAAUUCAUGAGCUUCAACGUAAGGUCAAUUCAGUCUGGUUUUCUAACUUUGAAGGAGUAUGUUGUUGACUGUGCUGUCGAUGUCCUGGGUCUCAGUGAGACUUGGCUAACCCCAGAUAUUGAUUCCUCCUCAGUAUUUAUCAACGACUUCAAUGUCGUUAGAGCAGAUCGAAAUAGCAGAGGCGGGGGCGUCGCGUUUUAUGUGAGAAAUGGUAUUGCGUUCAAAAUAUUGCACUCUAAUAUCACCGCAGUAUUGGAAGAACUUUGGAUCUCUGUAAAGGUUAAUCAACGCAAAUAUUGUCUAGCUAUAGUCUACCGUCCACCAUCGGCAAAUGUGCUUGACUGUUUUCAUCAAUUAACUGAGUCUUUAACCAACCUUUCACUCGAUAAUGAUUACGCAAUUGUCAUGGGCGAUUUUAAUAUUAAUGUUUUAGUGAACGACGGCCGAUCCGAGAUGCUGAACUGUUUUCUUGAGUCUUUUGAUCUGUCUCAGUUAGUGAAAGAGCCCACACGUAUAACUUCCAAUAGCCAGACAGCUAUAGACUUGCUCAUGGUUAGCUCUGCUGAUAUAAUAAGUGGUUAUGAAGUUGUUGACGUAGAUGGAAUAUCUGACCAUCUAGCCCUAAUAUUUUAUAAAUAUACCGCUGCAUGGAAACAAGAGCCUGAAUUUAAAGGUUGGCCGAGGAGCAGCAAGAAAGGGUCCAAUUAUGAAUUCUGCAAGGCAUGCAAUAAAGAUUUUAUAUGUGGCAAAUCCAAAAUCCAGAAACAUUCUUCAGGAAAACAACACUCAAAUUGGUAA